AGAGACGCUUUUGAAUCUAACCCAAUAACCCAAGUCACUAAGCAAGCAAGCAAUAAGGAAGAGAGAGCUGUGACGGAAACCUGGUCUUCCUACAGUCUUUGGCUCUGCAUAUAAAAACCUUGUCCUUUUCUCCUGCGCUAAGAAAAUCAUCGCAAAUCUAGAGAGAUUCAGAGGGGUCGAACCGGAGCAAGAGGUUGAAGAUGAGGAUCACUGUAAUGACUGCUGAUCAACAAAUUGUUACGUUGGAUGUCGAUCCCCAUGAAUCUGUGGAAAACGUCAAAGCAUUGCUUGAGGUAGAGACACAAGUGCCUCUUCAGCAACAGCAACUCCUCUACAACGGAAGGGAGAUGAGUAAUUCUGAGAAACUGAGUGCUCUCGGUGUUAAAGAUGAAGAUUUGUUGAUGAUGGUCUCUGCUGCUCCUUCUGGUGCACCUGCCAAUGAUUUAGGCUUCAAUCCUGAUGGAUCUGCUGUUAACCCUGCUGCUUUCCAACAGCACAUUAGACAGGAUUCUAACCUGAUAGGUCAGCUCUUUCAGACCGAUCCAGAGUUGGCACAAGCCAUUCUAGGAAGUGAUCUUAACAGAAUACAAGAGAUUUUACGAAUGCGUCAUCAACAGAGAGCUGAAUUGCAGCGCCAAAAAGAGGAGGAACUUGCUCUUCUUUAUGCAGAUCCUUUUGAUGUUGAAGCACAAAAGAAGAUUGAAGCUGCUAUUCGUCAGAAAGGAAUUGAUGAAAACUGGGCAGCUGCACUAGAACAUAAUCCUGAAGCUUUUGCAAGAGUGGUCAUGUUGUAUGUUGACAUGGAGGUUAAUGGUGUUCCACUGAAGGCAUUUGUUGAUAGUGGAGCCCAGUCUACAAUUAUAUCAAAAAGCUGUGCUGAGCGCUGUGGAUUGUUAAGACUUCUAGAUCAGCGUUACAAGGGAAUUGCUCAGGGAGUUGGCCAAUCAGAGAUAUUAGGCCGAAUACAUGUAGCUCCAAUCAAGAUUGGGAAUAUAUUCUACCCUUGCUCAUUCUUGGUGCUGGAUUCUCCUAACAUGGAAUUCCUUUUUGGGCUUGAUAUGCUCCGAAAGCACCAGUGUAUUAUAGAUUUAAAAGAAAAUGUUUUGCGAGUUGGUGGGGGAGAAGUUUCUGUGCCAUUUUUGCAAGAAAAAGACAUACCAUCUCGGUUUCUGGAUGAAGAAAGGCACGCCAAGGAAGCAUCCAGCUCAGGUGGUCUGGCAACAGGAACAACAGAUAGGAGUGGUAGUACACCGAAAGGAGGCCAGUCUUCAGGAGGAGCUUCUGGUAGCACUUCUCAGGAGAGUGAUUUUGAAGCAAAAAUUGCAAAGCUGGUGGAGUUAGGGUUUGGAAGAGAAGCAGUGAUACAAGCUCUUAAAUUAUUCAAUGGCAAUGAGGAACAGGCUGCUGGGUUUCUGUUUGGGGGUUUUUAGAAUCCAUUAGUUUACUGCGACUGCAAGUAAUAUUUUUGCUUCUGUUUCAGCAUUCAUUACAAUUGUUUUAUAAAAAUGGAAUUGCAUAGCAGGUUGAUGUCUCGUGUUGCUAAGAAACUGUUUGAUUCAAUUGGAUAGACUAAUUUAUGGUUAAGUUGAAGCAUGUGAUGUUCACCUGGACAAGAAAACAGGUUUGGAAUAAACAAUCUGUGUUUCCAAACAAGCGUAGGAUGAUAUGCUGAAUUUUAAAUUUUAACCCUUUUCUUCUUGUUUA